AUGGUGCUGCUCUCCAAAGCCGGGUUACAAACCUUUCUAGAAACUGAUGGGCAGCUCUUUGCUAAAAAGCUGGAUGGGGAUGCCCCCUGUUUGGGGCAGCCUUGAGCCCCCUGCACACCGCAGGCAACUUGGUUCCCAGAGCUUGGGCAGCACCACCUGACCAUUAGUAUAUUUGACUUUUAUUUAGACAACGGUUACAUAGAAGGGAAGGAGCUGGACAAUUUUUUUCAUCAUCUCCUGGAGAAACUGGGACCAGCAAACACCAUCACAGAAGAAAAAGUUCAGAGGAUGAAGGAGCAAUUCAUGUCUGCCUACGAUGUCACCACAGAUGGACGUUUGCAAAUCCAAGAGCUUGCAAAUAUGAUCUUGCCGGAUGAUGAGAACUUUCUGCUGCUUUUCCGACGGGAAACUCCCUUGGACAACAGCGUGGAAUUCAUGCGGAUCUGGCGCAGUUACGAUGCUGAUAGCAGUGGAUUUAUUUCAGCUGGCGAGCUCAAAGAUUUCCUGCGAGAUCUCUUUUUGCAGCAUAACAAGACAGUUGCUGAAGUAAAGCUGGAAGAAUAUACUGAUACCAUGAUGAAAAUCUUUGACAAAAACAAAGAUGGACGGCUGGACCUGAAUGACCUGGCAAGGAUUCUGGCGCUCCAGGAAAAUUUCCUUCUUCAAUUUAAGAUGGAUGCUUGCAGCACAGAAGAAAGGAGGAGAGAUUUUGAGAAGAUCUUUGCACACUAUGACGUUAGUAAAACGGGAGCACUUGAAGGCCCAGAAGUGGAUGGGUUUGUCAAAGACAUGAUGGAGCUGGUCAAG